UGGUUUCCCACUUCCUCUCAGCUCGGUCGUCCGCGUUGAGUGUUUUACAAUAAUAUACUGUGUCUAUAAUGUUCUCGCUAAACCGUUCGUAGUUCCCUCUCAAUUUAUGAGCUUCCAUCACGGAACGCAGCUGUAGCUAUCCUUGCCCGGCGUUACCGUCAUACCGUGCCUAUCCAAUUCACGUGAUAGCGUUACAGCCUCAUAAGUGGUCGAAAAAUAUCUCGCUUUUAUAUAUAUUAAUUUGAAUCUCAUCUGAGGAAAUAGGAUAGCGAUCAUCAGCUGUAACCCUAUUGAUAAAUCUGGUCUGGUUCCUUGUGACUUUAUUUUUUGAUCAGGUGUGCCCGAAAGUCAAGGAUCUGUAUGUUUCCUUCGGAACCGUGAUGUUGGAUGUAACAAUACCAACCUUGAAUUUCCCGCAUCUUUAUCCAUUGUUUUCUUUGGGUAUCUAUAUAUAUGACAUGGAUUUUUAAAUAUGUAAAAAGAUGAUCUGUGUUGUGCUUUUGCCAAAUAAAUUUGAAAUAUAUAAUAAUGUAAAACAAUAGAAAAUUUUAUUUAACAGUAGGAAAGAAGUUAAACCAUUAUGAACUAUAUCCGUAACUAAUGGCAGUUGAUGAAUACGUAUUUCGCGAAGAACAAGUUAAAUGAUUUAUACCUUGUAAGCCGUAAUUAAUACAGCAAAUUGAAAAUAAUAAUAUCAAGAAAAACUAACACACGUAUGACGAUAACAUGUAUUAAAAGUUAUUAGGUUAUUAUGGUUAUAAAACAAACGAGUGUUCAUAUGAACUGUUGUCAACAUUAAUUGUUAUACAUGAGACCAAUAAAAUUGCUCCUAGAAGAAAGUGAAUCCGUGUGUUUAAGUAUAUAAAUAUGUCAAUCAGUAUAAACUUACAAGAGGGUAAUAGGAAUGAUGUCACAGAAAUGCAAUUUAUGAAUUUUGUUUGUCCAAUUUGUGACUUUGUUUUUAUGAAUAAAAAAGAAUUGUUUGAUCAUUUGCACAAUCAUACUGGGGAUGGAUUAUUGAAGCACAUACAAUUUUUGAAGAGAGACUUAAAUGACGACUCACAUGCAGAACUAGAACACCUUAGUCAAGAAAAAUUAUAUGAUAAAUUACACGAAAAUGUGUCAAGACCUUAUAAGUGUCAGCAAUGUGACUUAACAUUUGAUCGAGCCUCUCAAUAUGAUUAUCAUCAUCGAAGUAUACAUUUAGGUGAAAAGUCACAGCUCUGUGAAAUUUGUGGCAAAGGUUUCUUUCGAAAAGCAGAUCUACGAACACAUUUGAACAUCCAUUUAGGAACCAACACUUGCAUUUGUGAAAUUUGUGGAAGGAAGUUUAACCAUAUAUCUAAUUUGAUUAGGCAUAGUAGAAUGCAUGCUGGGAUAAAACCAUAUCCAUGCUCUAUUUGCGGUAAACGUUUUACUCAAAUUAGCUCUCUUGCAAGACAUAAACGUAUUCAUGAGAGAUUCAAAAAAGAUACUGUGCUUGAAACACAAACUAAUUAUAUUAACACCAACAUUGAUCAUAUAGUAAAUAAAAAUAAGUCUGUUGAAGGUAAUGCAUCUGUUCAGCAAAAAAUUGUUAAAAGAAAACAUUAUUGUAAAACUUGUGGCGAAAGUUUUAAUCUAAUUUUGCAUUUGCGGGAACAUGAAAACUCUCAUUCAAAGAAUGCAACAAGUUUGGAAUGCAAGAAUAAUGAGACGAAUUUUCAGAAAAAUUUCGAAUUUGAGGAGCAUAAAAAUCAUGAGAAUAAUUUUGAUUUUCUUGAGAAUGAGGAAAAUAUGAAAAAAGCAUUACCAUUGGAAACAGUCAUUUAUAUUACAUCAGAGCAGUUGAAGAAAAUCAAUCUAGAGAACAUUGAAAAUACUAAGAAUCAUGUUACACAAGAACACUUUUGCAAUACAAAUGAAAAAAUUCCAUUACCUGAUGAAUUAAAUGAUUCUGAGAAACUAAUAGCUAAUAAUGAAGUACUUCAAAAUAUACUAUAUGUAUGCCAAAUGGAUGAUACUGUUCUGAAAAGCAAACUAAGUACUAAAUCUAUGAACAGUCAUGAAUAUUUGUCAUGUACACAAAUGUAUGAACCAGAUUUGCAGAAAUCAGAUACACUACAAGACUAUAAUACCUCAACAAAUAUUUCUUUAAAUGUUACCGAUAUGUUCCAAAAAAUAGAUUUAUCAGAAUCUAAUAUUAAUGAGCAUGAUAAACUUGAUUUAACCAUUCAAAAUCAGCAGGAAAUAAAUGUAGUACAAGAUGAGAAAGCUGCUGAAAAUUCAAAUGAUGAAAAUAAUCCUAAUCAAGAAGAACCAAUGUUACGUUUAGUACAAACAGAAACAGGGGAACAAUUUUAUGAAUUUUUAAUUAAUAAUUUAGUAGAGAAGUUACCAAAUGCACAGACCAUAAAAGCCUUAGAAAACAAGGAGGAAAAUACAGAUAUUUCUGAGAAUAUAACGAACACGUGUUUCAGUAUUAAAAAUGUAAAUGAAGACGUCCAACAUGAACAAAAUAUAAGAGAUGAUAUACAUACUGACCUAAAUUAUACACAAUAUGAAUUACAGAGUGAAGAAAAAAAUUUUGUUGGGAAUCAGAUCUUGUUAGAUCCACAAACUGAUUUUGAUAAAUACGUUGAAACGAAUUUCGAGGUUUUCGAAAGGUUAAAUUAUGAUGAUAGUUCAGAAAGAUUUCUUAAAUUUGUGGAAAAUGCAGGAGUCGAAAAUCAAAGUUCCAAAAUUUUAGAAUGCAAAGAGAGUGACCAACUUUUACAAUUUCAAAGUUUUGGUCAAAUUGAUACCAUGCAUGAAAGUGAUAAAAAUGAUGGAAUUAAUGACAGUGAACAGAUUCUUUUAACUUCUCUGAAUGAAGAUAUACAAUGUAAAAUAAAUACGAAUAGUAAUCAAAUUGUUAAUGAAAAUGAAACACAGGUGCAAACUGAAGAUGCUAUUACAAAUGAUAAAAAAGAGAAUCUUCAAGAAGACUCAAAGAAAUCAAAAGUGUAUUUAUUAAAAUUUCAAUGCACAGUAUGUGAGAAAUCAUUUUCAACUAGUUACAACUAUAAACAACACAUAGGUACACAUUUUGCAGAUCAACAAAAGUUUCAUUGUAAAGAAUGCAAAAUGUCUUUUGCUUGGAAGUCAACAUUAAAUAAACAUAUCGCUAGUAAUCAUAGACCAGAAGGUCCGCAAAAGUUUGCGUGCGAUAUGUGCCAAAAAAUUUAUAAUACUUCUUCACAAGUAAAUGAACAUGUAAAACGUGAUCAUCUGAAACAGAGAAAUCAUGUGUGUUCCCACUGUGGUAAAUCAUUUUUCAAAAAAUACGAUUUAAAAAUACAUAACAGAAUUCAUACGGAUGAGAGACCAUAUGUUUGUCCUGCUUGUGGGAAAAGAUUCCAUCACAGAAGUCACAUUAUUCGUCAUGAGCGUAUACAUUUUUAAGAAGAAAACAUAUGUUAAUUAUUUGAAGUUUUAAAAGAUAAAUGGUGAAACAUAUUUAUGAAUGGAAAACAUUAUAAAUUUUGCAUUAUGCAGGGUGUACAACUAAAUAGAUCAGAAGUUCUAUUUUUCCUAUUACAUUAAUAAUUGAUAUUAAAUCUUUUUCACAUUAACAAUUCCAUCUAUAGAAGAAAGUACUCUGUGUGUUUUGGUUUUACACCCUUUCAUACAUAAUGAACACUAUAAUGUAACUUUAAUAAUGCCUUUCUUAAAUAUUUUUUUAAGAGAUUAUUAUUUUUUUAAUAAAAGAAAUCAAUAAAUGAUAAAAACAUU